AUCGUUUCACUUCCCGCAACAACCUCGUUCUCGUGGACAACUUCGAUUGCCUAAGCAAUAGAGAAUCCAAAAGUCUCGACUUCAGCGAUGCAUUCUGUGUCGCGCUCGCGUGGAAAACAAUCAGGCGAGUCCAUGUAUAACGCCAGGCUCCGAGAAAUGAGGGAAGCGAAGGGGCAAGCAAAGUCCUCAGAUGAAUCCGAGUCGGAUGACGAGAUUGAGCCAGGCGCUGUGGUUUUGCACAAGAUGUUCAAUCGCAAAGUCGUCCUACAUCCUGACAAUACCGUCGUCAAGUCCGGGAAACGCAUACCUAUAGGAGAGGCGGAGGCGCUCAGAGUCGCCGCUCAAGCUGGAAUCCCAGCCCCAUAUGUCCAUGACGUACACACGUCUUCUGAUGGUCAAGGACACAUACGUAUGGACUAUAUCCAAGGGCAGUCUCUGGAUAAGCUGUGGUCUGACAUGGCCGUCGAACAGAAGAAAAAUAUAGCGCGGCAGCUUCGGGGGAUGGUUGAAACGAUGAGAUCUGUGGUUCCUCCUCCCCACCUCGUUGGUUCUUGCGAUGGUACCGAGAUUCGGGAUACGAGGCUACACUUCACAUAUCAUUCCCCUCCCUGUCGUGAUGAAAAAGCUUUCAAUGAGUUUUUAUUAUCGGCCCUCUACGAACAUGUACCUCUGCUCGUGCGGGAGGCGUUUUCUCGACGACUGAGGACUAACCAUCGCAUUGUUCUCUCCCACUGCGAUCUCACGCCCAGAAACAUCUUGGUUCACGACGGGAAAAUCAAAGGGCUUAUUGAUUGGGAGGAUAGUGGAUGGUAUCCAGAAUACUGGGAGUAUGUCAAAUUCUUCCAGCGCACUGCUGAUAAGGACUGGAAACAAUACGCAGAGGAUAUUUUCCCCGAGCUAUAUCAUGACGAGUUGGUCGACUUCAUUGCGAUGUCCAAGUGGCAGAGCUCUUAGCUACUUUAUCCGAAAUCUACCUAGUCCCC